CAGGGAGGCCUGAUGCAGUUCCUAAUAAUAUGGUCUUUCUCACCUCACCUACCCAAGCAAUAGAAGAUCCCUGAUCCUGAGGUGGCUGAGAGAGAAACAAAAAGGGGAGGAAACCAAGACACUGAUCAUUAUCUAAGCCUCCCCUCCCUGGGAGCACCCCUGCCCCUCUCCUCUGCCAGCAACCGAGGACGACACGGAAUCUGGGGAAGCCGUGGAGCGGCUGCCUUGGGCAGGGCAGAGGCAAGGGCCUCCCCGGGGGGCUGCUGUGGCCCACCACGCGUUCCCCCCGCCCCCUUGGGGCCUUUCCAUCCCCUAGGGCUGAGGGGGAGGCUGGGGUAACCCCGUUUCGGCAGCUCGGCCAGCGAGUACCAGGACGCUGCCUCCAUCCCGGGCGCUCAUGUUCAGCGGAGCCAAAUCCCCCGGGAGCAGCGGGGGGAGGACGCUCCCAUUAUCCAGCUCCUGCCGCGUCGGAGGCAGCUGGAUGUGCCGGGCAUUAAUAGAUUACACAGAGGAUUUGGGUUCGCCGGCAGCAGAGGCAGCGCUUGCGGAGGCAGCGCGGGCAAGGCCGGGGCAGCCGCUCGAGCCAGCGGGGACGGACGCAGCCCCCGCGCCCCAGUAACACCUUCUCCAGCACAGCCCUGCAGAGCCCUGGGCUGCCGCCAUGGACGAGUGGGACCUCCCGCAGUGGAAGAAGGAGGUGGAAAGCCUGAAGUACCAGCUGGCCUACAAGAGGGAGAUGUCCUCCAAGACAAUACCUGAGUUUGUCAAGUGGAUCGAGGACGGAAUUCCUGAAGAUCCCUUCUUGAACCCAGAGCUGAUGAAAAACAACCCCUGGGUGGAGAAAGGCAAAUGCAGCAUCCUCUGAGGGGCCACCCCCUCCCACCCCCGGCGCCGGCUCCUGCCGCCCCUCGCUCCUCCCCACUGAAUGUACACUUUUUUACUAGCUAGCUUCCUAAUAUGACUACCUGAACAAAAACCCUGCCCUCAUCUUGUCUUAUUUUCAGCAGUAGAA